CUGGUGAUGCUGACGACUCACCUUAAUGGACUUUUAAAAAGAAAGAUUAUAAUAUUUACAAAAAACCUGAUUCUCGAUUUUCCUCCACUGUUUUGGCUAAUUGAUGCUCAUGCCUUGUUUCACUUAGCGACUGUGCCUCUUCCAAUAUGGAUGACUAAAUUUAUUUUGUUGGAAAGCAGUUAUGAACUAAGGCAACUUAAUUACAACAAAAUGUCUUAA